ACUCGGGGCCCAGCCAUGGCAGACCAGGAGCCCCUCUGCAGCUCCAGCUGGGAGGCCCCACAGGGCAAGAGCUCCCUGGACUCAGCGUGGUCAUGGAUUCCAAUAAUGAGAGACCCUGGAUGGAUUCGAAAUGUGUGGCCUUCAAACAUUAAUGCCCAGACCAUGAACUACGUUGGGCAGCUGGCCGGCCAGGUGUUUGUCACUGUGAAGGAGCUCUACAAGGGGUUGAACCCUGCUACUCUGUCGGGAUGCAUCGAUAUCAUUGUCAUCCGGCAGCCCAAUGGGAGUCUGCAGUGCUCCCCUUUCCAUGUCCGCUUCGGGAAGAUGGGGGUUCUGCGUUCCCGGGAGAAAGUGGUUGACAUAGAAAUCAACGGUGAAUCCGUGGAUUUGCAUAUGAAGUUGGGUGAUAAUGGAGAAGCAUUUUUUGUUCAAGAGACUGAUAAUGAUCAGGAAGUGAUCCCCAUGUACCUGGCCACCUCCCCUAUCCUGUCCGAAGGAGCUUCGAGAAUGGAGUCCCAGCUGAAAAGGAACUCGGCAGACAGGGUGAGGAGCCUGGACCCUUGCACGCCUCCCCAGGUUGUGCCACCCAGCGAGACCUCGUCCAGUGGCUCCUUGGUAAAGAAGAGGCGGAAAAGGAGGAGGAAGUCCCAACUGGACAGCCUGAAGAGGGAUGACAACACGAACACGUCUGAGGACGAAGACAUGUUUCCCAUAGAGAUGAGCUCGGAUGAGGACUCAGGGCCGCUGGACGGCAGCAGAACUCUUCCUAGUGACAUACCGCCAUUCCAAGAUGAGAUUCCCAAGGAAAACCUCCCCUCAGUCUUGCCUUAUCCCCAGUCAGCAUCAUACCCCAAUUCAGAUCGAGAGUGGUCCCCCAACCCCAGCAGCCCGGUAGAUGGCAAAAGGACUCCCCCUCAUCUUGCAGCUGCCGCCGAGGGUGGCCUGUCUAGUUCCUGCCCUCCGCAGCCUUCCCACUUCCAUGCUUCAGAAAGUCCUUCAGGUUCCCGACCCUCAACGCCUAAAAGUGAUUCCGAGCUGGUCAGUAAGUCGACGGACAGGUCAGCACUGAAGAGCAACCUAGAAAUGCUCUGGCUCUGGGGAGAGCUGCCACAGGCAGCAAAGUCGUCUUCUCCACACAAGAUGAAAGAGUCCAGCCCACUGUGCAGUAGAAAAAUUUGUGAUAAAAUUCACUUUCAGACCAUUCACAGCGAAUCUUCAGAUACUUUUAGUGACCAAUCACCAACUUUGGCCAGAGGGCCUCUUUCAGACCAGAAUAAGCCUCCGACAGAGAUGCAGUUUGUCAGUGAAGAAGACCUAGAGGCCUUGGGAGCAGCAGCCCCGCCAUUGCCUAUGGCGGAAGAACUCAAGGCCCCGGCUGCCAGUGCAGUGCCCACUGCGAGCAAGAUGGACUCUCCUUCCCGGAAAAGAGAUAAACGAAGCAGACACCUCGGUGCUGAUGGCGUCUACUUGGACGACCUCACAGACAUGGAUCCUGAGGUGGCAGCCCUGUAUUUUCCCAAAAACGGAGACCCUCCUUCGCUCGCCAAACACACCAGCGACAACGGAGCCCGGUCAGCCAACCAGUCCCCGCAUUCUGUGGGCAGCUCAGGUGCUGACAGUGGCAUGGAGAGCACCUCGGACGGCCUGAGGGACCUGCCAUCAAUUGCCAUCUCCCUCUGUGGGGGCCUCAGUGACCACCGGGAAAUCACGAAAGAUGCGUUUUUGGAGCAAGCUGUGUCCUAUCAGCAGUUUGUGGACAACCCUGCUAUCAUCGAUGACCCCAAUCUUGUGGUGAAGAUCGGGAAUAAAUAUUAUAAUUGGACGACGGCAGCACCUCUACUGCUGGCAAUGCAGGCCUUCCAGAAACCUUUGCCAAAGUCUUCAUGCUUAAGUUACCUUCAUGAAAUUUUGGACACCAUUAGGUUUUGCUUCUCUAAAAUUCUUAAUUCACAAUUAGCCACUGUGGAAUCUAUCAUGAGGGAUAAGAUGCCCAAAAAGGGAGGAAGAUGGUGGUUUUCUUGGAGGGGAAGAAACACCACGAUCAAAGAGGAGAGUAAGCCUGAGCAGUGCUUGGCUGGAAAGGGCCACAGCACUGGAGAGCAGCCGUCACAGCUGAGCAUGGCCACCAGAAUAAAGCACGAAUCAUCCUCCAGUGACGAAGAGCAUGCAGCUGCCAAGCCUUCCAGUGUGAGCCACCUCCCUCUUUUGUCUAACGUCAGCUACAAAAAGACUCUCCGGCUCACAUCGGAGCAGCUGAAAAGCUUGAAGUUGAAGAAUGGCCCCAAUGACGUGGUUUUCAGUGUCACCACACAGUAUCAAGGCACCUGUCGCUGUGAAGGCACCAUCUAUCUGUGGAACUGGGAUGAUAAAGUCGUCAUUUCUGAUAUUGACGGCACCAUCACGAGAUCAGAUACCCUUGGCCACAUUUUGCCCACCCUCGGGAAGGAUUGGACCCACCAGGGCAUUGCGAAGUUGUACCAUAAAGUGAGCCAAAAUGGAUAUAAGUUUCUCUACUGUUCUGCACGUGCCAUCGGGAUGGCAGACAUGACACGGGGCUACCUGCACUGGGUCAACGAGAGGGGCACGGUGCUGCCGCAGGGGCCGCUGCUGCUCAGCCCCAGCAGCCUCUUCUCCGCCUUGCACAGAGAAGUGAUUGAAAAGAAGCCAGAAAAGUUUAAAGUCCAGUGUUUAACCGACAUCAAAAACCUGUUUUUCCCCAAUACGGAACCCUUUUAUGCUGCAUUUGGAAACCGGCCGGCUGACGUGUAUUCCUACAAGCAAGUGGGGGUGUCCUUGAACAGAAUCUUCACUGUCAACCCUAAAGGAGAGCUGGUACAGGAGCAUGCCAAGACCAACAUCUCCUCGUAUGUGAGGCUGUGUGAGGUGGUUGACCACGUCUUCCCGUUGCUGAAGAGAAGUCAUUCUUCGGACUUCCCCUGCGCGGACACUUUCAGUAACUUCACCUUCUGGAGAGAGCCGCCGCCACCUUUUGAGAACCAGGACAUUCAUUCUGCUUCAGCAUAGUACAUGCCACACAGCCUCCUGCAGUGGUGCGGGAGCCUGUCACCACUAAAGAACGGGUUGUGGGGACCCUGGAGCCGGCACUGGGAGCCCAUGUGUGCUCAUUUUCUUAGAAUUGAGGAGCAUUCUCCCCUUCCCCCUGCCAUGGGGUGACGUUUCUGAGUACACCACGGAGGUUGGACCCUCUAGCCAGGAGUGGGGUGUUCCUGGGUGCCAGGCAUCCUCAGUGUGGCUGCUGCCCACGGCAGCACUGAGCCCCAGCCUGCUCCAGGGUCAGUUCUGGUUGAUGUGCAAUAUGGGGCUCCAAUGCCCAAGCAGAGGCUUGCCCCCUGACGAGGUUCAGCUGAGGAUUGCCAGAUGUGCAUGGCUGGGGUCCUGGGGGGCCACACUCCCAUGGCAGCGACAUUUGUGUUGCCUUCUGCAGAGGGUGGACAGGGCAGUGAAGGGUCAAGUGGCCUGAACCCGAGGUCCCUGAUGGCAACCUGACCCUCGUGGGGUCGGGGCCUUGAGCAGGCCUUAGUCUUGGCCCCGUGGUUGUUCCCUGGCAGUGUUUGCUGACUACCCUCAUUUUUAGGUGACAUGUUCUUAGUUCCUUUGGUUAGAGGCAGCCUGCAUAUCCCCCCAUUCUUUGUGGCUCAAGGCUGGGACAUUUUUGCCUUAAUGCAUCCGUGGCAGACAUUUUCCUUGGAAUGCGCUGUGUCCAGCUCUAACUGCUAUGCCUUCAAGGAAAAUGAUCGUGACUUUUAAGGCGCAUUUCAAAUCAGUUCAACAUGCCAUUGUCACCCUUUCACUCAGCGAGGUGGCGCUGAUCAUGUGGCCUUGACCGGGGCUUAUGCUGAAGGGUGAUGACGUUGAUUUUUGUUGGGAGCUCUCAAAAGAAACUGGUUGGUUUUAAGAAAACAGUUUCAAGCAGUUGAAUUCUAUCCUUUAUAGAUAUUAUUUAUUGCUUCACUCUGAUUGGGUCACUGUUGUAAGCACCCUAGCCAUAUUCUUUCAAUUACAACUGUUAUUAAUACAUUAAAAAGCGAGUGUGCUAGACAUCUGAAGAGCCUUAUUCUGUGUAUCUCAUGACUGACCUUCUUUUGGAAUUAUGAAUAAUUUAUUUUUCUUAGCUUUUUCCACUCAAAUUAAGGGUAAGGUUAAAAGUAAUAAUUUGAGUGACAUUCUUGAAGCCAGUAGAAGGUGGUUCUGUUUAUUAAUCUAGCUGAUGGAAAGAACAAUGUGAAAAAUGAAAGAAUUAUUUUGGUAAAAUAUUUUGCUUUACAUUUUUGAAGUAUUUUUUUAAGGAGUGUUUUACUGUGACGACUGAAAUGCUUUCCAAUUAAAUUUCAUUGUUAGAAUUGUAGGCGCAAAGCACGGAGCGGCUGAAGGAAAUGUUACUCUUUCUGUGAAAGAAAACCCGGCCUCAUUGCCUUUGUUGUGGUUGGUGGGCUGUUAAGGAUGGGUGGCUCCACUGAGCUGUUCGUGGGGACACCCAGAGUCCGGCAGAUUGCAGACUUCCUAGAGACGUGGACAUGCAUGUGCAAAUUCCCUUUGGGAAGUGUUAAAAUUAAUUAAAAAUAUUCCUGCCUUAAUGAACUCCUGUUUGUUCUCUGCUGGCCUUUAGAAGGCACAUGAUUCUUCUGCCACCAGGGAGUGUGAGUGAAUUUUCACUGCUCACUAGCCUGCAGAGGUCCCAUGCUUUCUGCCUUGCGCCCCAAGGGAGCCUUAGUGGGGGGAAUGGUUGCAACUCACUCUUCACCUGCUCUGUAGGCUGCUCUCCAAGUGAAGCCUGAGAGCACGCACUUUGGACACUAAUUUGAUGUACCUUGAAUUUCCAUAGACCCCCCCCCCCCCGAAACAGAGCACACCUUCCAUUGAGUCACACUCACUCACACGUGAGCCCUGGGUGGGCUGUAAGAUUAGCACCUGUCUUACAGCUUCUGAAAACGAGGUUUAUAUGUGGCCGCACCCAGGAAUAGGCGGAUUAUUUAUCUGUGUGUGUGCUGUGACCUGGUGACCCCAAGGUCAUAUGCUAGACAGCUGUAUUUGGACCACACGUUUCAAAUGGGUCCAUGGAAGUGAAUCACUCCAUUGUGAGAGUUCUCCAAAUGUCUGUCACACAGGAUGAGGAAGAAAGUAUAUAUCUGGAACAUGAGAGAAAAAUGGUUACACCUUCAAAAAGAAUUCCCCUUUUGUCCUGAGGUUUGGAUCACCACUUUAUUUUGACAGUGUUUGAUGUGUGUUUGUAUAUGCUGGUGCAAUGAUGAAAAUCACUGUAAUACUUCAUUAUGUUGUGCUGGAUGCAAAGCUAAAAAAUAUUGUAAUAAAUGAUGAGGUGGAUAAAAGA